GUCUUUUUUUUUAAAGUCCUUCGCCGUGGGUGCCGUCCUCUUGCGGCCGGAAUCGGUCAAGUGAGUCAGCUCGGAGAUAGACACCCAGGGAGACACACACAGCCCUGUGGGUACAUGGCUGUAGCCGGAGGUGGCACCAUGGGGACCGAGUGAACGGGAUUUCUCCACGUCAAGAGGAGGAGAGGAGGGGGGAAAAAAAAUCAAGAAAAAGCGAGAGCCAAGUCCGCGGGGGCCGGCGUCAGGAAAUGUCCGGGAAGCUGGAGAAACCAGAUUCCCAACGCUCCCACCUGACCUCGUUCACCAUGAAGUUGAUGGACAAAUUUCACUCACCGAAAAUAAAACGAACACCGUCAAAAAAGGGAAAACCAGUGGAAAUAACUAUCAAAACUAACCCAGAAAAACCUCCAAACAAGACGUUAAACCGGCUGGAAGAACAGGAAAAGGAAGUGGUGAGUGCGCUGCGGUAUUUCAAAACCAUUGUGGAUAAAAUGGUGAUUGACAAAAAAGUACUAGAGAUGUUGCCAGGAUCAGCCAGUAAAGUCCUGGAGGCCAUCUUGCCAUUAGUACAAGUGGAUCCACGCAUACAGCAAAGCUCAGCCAUCUCAUCCUGUUUAAACCAGGUAUACCAGAGCCUGGCCAAUCUAAUUCGCUGGUCUGAUCAAGUGAUCUUAGAAAAUGUGAAUCUAGAUGACAAGGAAAGGGUCAUGGCGAUGAUUAAAGCAGUGCUUGAUGGAAUAAAAGAGCUUGUGAAACUGACAAUAGAGAAGCAAGAACAGCCAUCCCCUACCUCUCCUAUGAAACCCAGCCCACCAACAUCUAAAACUGACAGUGCAACAGAGCUUCCACUGACUGACAGGGAGAAGGAAAUUCUUACUAAAACUACUCCAAUGACAAGAUCACUGGAGAUAAUUCCAGACUCUCUGGAUGGAGAAUGUGCUCCACCAAAACCACCACUGCCUGGUAUUCGCAUUAUGGACCACAGUAAUGUUCCACCCCUACCACCCAAGAAGAGGACGUCUGCACCCUCCCCAACAAGAGUGGCAGUAGUAUCUCCCAUAAGUCGAGCUGCUAGUGGUUCUAGUUUACCCAAUACCAAACAGGACUUUGAAGGAUUGGAUUGCUAUCUGCAAAGGCGGCUAUCUGGUGGCAGCCACUCGUAUAGUGGAGAAUCACCAAGGGUAUCUCCAUGUAACAGCAUGGGAAAGCUAAGCAAAUCUGAUGAACAGCUAUCAUCGUUAGACAAUGAUAGUGGGCAAUGUUCACAAAAUACAAGUUGUGAAACACUUGAUAAUCCAGAAAGCUAUGAUCCCGAUUAUGAUUUCCUGCAUCAGGACCUUUCAACUGUUGACCAGAUUCCCCAGCACCUUUCUGGCACACUAAGCCCACUUCCAGAAUCAGCAGUAGAAUCCAGUUCACCUCUUCCUGGACAGACGUUUACUUCACCACUUUGUGUCCCACAGACAGUGCCUGAAUGGAGGCAGGUACCACAAACUGAUGUUCAACCUUUGCAAAUGCCACCUGCAUUGCCAGAAAAGAAGCGUCGAAGUGCUGCCUCAUCAGACAAUUCAGGAUAUAGAGUCUCCUAUGAGCGGUUUCCAUCGCAAUAUGACAAUAUCUCCGAGGAAGAAAUGCAGAAUUCUGCUGUACCAGCAAUUCAGCAUCCUCCUUUUGCUGUGGUGUCACCAAGGCCACAAGGAAUGUUACCAAUUCCAGUGGGAUUUCCAAAUAUUGAUGUUUCAGAAUUACCAGAAGUACCAGAAAAACCCCCUCCACUCCCAGAGAAGAAGAAAAGGAAUAUUCAUGCAUAUAUGCAGUUUGUGGAGGAUUAUUCUGAGCCGCAGCCUCAUGUUUUUUACCAGACACCACAGAAUGAGCAUAUUUAUGAGCAGAGAAACAAACGGUUUCAGGAAGUCUAUGGAUUCAAUGACUCUUUCAGCAGCACUGAUUCAUCUCUUGAGAUUCUGCCUCCUCCAGUUCUCCCACCCAAACAAAGGCAACUGGCAUCCUAUGCUGCUGCUUCACCUUCCUAUUCCUCUUCCUUCUCUUCCUCCUCUUUCUACCUUCAGCAGUCGAAGGUACUUGUCCUACCUGAAGGCGCCAAUGCUGCUACCAGUAUCAGCAUGUCCAUCUCCAAUUCCUUCCUGAGUCGUCACAACUCCUUAUCCUCAUCUUCGUUCAAGUCGGUUUUUAGGUCCUAUUCGCAGGACUUUGUUCCUCACCAUCACACCUCUGCAUCUCCUUCUCUCUGCACUAUCACCUCCCACUUUCCAGCUGUACACCAAUCGAGGAGCUCUGAUCUAACUUUACCGGGCUCGACUGGCAUAUUGAAAGCUACGGAACUGCUGGAAUGCUCUCAUGACAGUGCAAAGCCUGUUCCUGUCUGCCUCCCUCCUGAAACUGUUUUUCCCACUUCUCUCCAAACUUCCUCGAGCGAAAGCAAUAGUGAGGAUGCUGGUGAGGGUGAAUACGUCAAUCUGUAUUCGUCCAACCAAACCAAUGGAGACCUCUGUCACCCAGAAGCAGAAAUACCGAUGUGUACCAACACUGAUUCUGUAGGGUCUCUGACUGAACAAGAGAUCCAUCAUCAUAACUGUCCAAAAGGAGCUAACGAUAAGGAAAACCAAAACCAAGACAGAGAUGACAGACGAGGAGAAACUCCAAAUUCACCAGAUUUGGACCAACAUGAAGUAGCAGAUGAAUUAUCACUCAUUGAUCAUGAAGAGAUUGUGGCUAGGUUAACACUGAAACAGGAGGGAGAGGAUGGCCCUGAGGUGCGAGGAGGUUCUGUAGAUAUUCUCAUAGUUCAUGCGACUGAAACAGAUCGUAAAGAUCUUGUCCUUUACUGUGAAGCGUUCCUAACUACUUACCGGACAUUUAUUCCACCUGAGGAAAUCAUCAAGAAGCUGCAUUAUCGAUAUCCUUCAUUCUGCCACUGUCCAGACACGUUCAAAAAAAGAGUGAGCAAGAAUACAUUCUUCGUAUUGGUGCGUGUGGUUGAUGAACUCUGUUUGGUGGAGCUAUCAGAUGACAUCCUGAAGUUGCUGACGGAACUUGUGUUCCGUUUAGUGUGUAGUGGUGAGCUGAGCCUGGCCCGAGUUUUGCGAAAAAAUAUUCUGGACAAAGUAGAUCAGAAGAAAACUGUGAAGUAUGCAAGUUUGAUGAAGCCAUUGGCUGCACGAGGGGUGGCAGCUAGGCCUGGAACUCUUCAUGACUUUCAUAGUCAUGAGAUUGCUGAGCAGUUGACACUGUUGGAUGCUGAGUUGUUCUACAAAAUUGAGAUUCCUGAGGUUUUGCUCUGGGCCAAAGAACAGAAUGAAGAGAAGAGUCCAAACCUAACAGAGUUUACAGAGCACUUCAACAACAUGUCUUAUUGGGUGCGGUCAAUAAUUAUUCAACAGGAGAAAGCACAAGAUCGGGAACGACUACUCCUAAAGUUCAUCAAAAUUAUGAAGCACUUACGCAAACUGAAUAAUUUUAAUUCUUACCUGGCUAUAUUAUCUGCAUUAGACUCGGCACCCAUCCGUAGGUUGGAAUGGCAGAAGCAGACUUCAGAGGGUUUGGCUGAGUACUGUACACUUAUUGAUAGUUCAUCUUCAUUUCGAGCAUAUCGAGCUGCUUUGGCAGAAGUGGAACCGCCUUGUAUACCUUAUCUGGGCCUCAUUCUACAGGACCUGACCUUUGUGCAUCUUGGCAACCCAGACCUAAUUGAUGGAAAAAUCAAUUUUUCUAAACGGUGGCAACAAUUUAAUAUCUUGGAUAGUAUGCGACGCUUCCAGCAAGUUCAUUAUGAACUAAAGCGCAUUGAUGAUAUUGUUAUAUUCUUCAAUGACUUCAGCGACCACCUAGCAGAGGAAGCACUGUGGGAACUGUCGUUAAAAAUCAAACCACGCAACAUUCAGAGACGGAAAACUGAGCGUGAAGAGAAAACUUAGAUUUCAGCAGUGAAAACAAAACCUUAGAUGGCAGCUAAUGAACCCCUUUAAAUUACUUGCUUUAUUUACCUGAGCUGCAGAAGUCAAUUCGUGCUUCACCUUCGGAGGUUUGUUUUUAAACAAGACUGUAAAACAGGUGGCAUCACACUAGGGAAAUGUCCCAGAUUUUGCCAUUGCCUGCAUUCAGUUUCCUUUCCUACCACCCGUGCCAAGCUGAUUUCGAGCGUCCAAUGGUGGACCCAUCCAUACAGCUCACUUUAAAUGGUCAAAUGUGGCCUGCAGAUAGACUCUGCUUUGGAGUCUGUUUAACGUUGCUCAGUACAAAGGUACGACAGUUCACUUACUGGUUGUGGACUUCUGUUCAUAGUGGUACUAACAAUUGCACAGGAAACCUUAAAAUAAUAUUCUGUACUGUAGGAGAAAGACUGUAAAUACCAGAAUGCUAAUUUGAUGUGCUGUGUUGGGUUUUUUAUUUUGCAUGUGUUAUACUGGAUGCCAGUAAUUGAGGUUUUGAUGGAAAAAAAAACUAACUGUACAUAAGAGACUGAAAGAAGUGUUUUAGCCAGGCUGGUACUGAAAGGACUGGGAUGCUGUUAACCAUUGUUCAACGUCGUCAAUUAGCAGACUUCUCAUAAGGCGUUAACAUAAAUGGUUGUACAUUUUGUGCAUGGACUCUGCAUUAUGGAAUUUUAAAAUGUUAAGCAGAGAUGUUUUUCAAAAGGAUUGUCUUUUGUUUACUGUUAAUUAAGCUGCAGUCGAUCAUUUUCAGUAAUGGGAGAAUGUUCUGAAGUUGAAACUGGAGGUUUCUGUACAUAGCUGACAAAUUAACUUUUCAAAGCAAUGGGUUGUGUGCUGAGUUUGACUUUUCAACCCAUCAAAGUAGUCAGUGAAUUCACCUGUGUAUGCCAGGUCUUCAUAUUAACUUGUGAAAGAUGGAUGCUGCUGGGUAGAGUGGUGCCCUUGCUGCUUUAGGUUUUUUAGGCACACUUUCAGGUUAUUAAUAUUGCCCAGGUCUGCACAUCUAGAAAGGGAAUCUGAUACCAUUUUGAUAAGUUGGCAACAAUAAUUUGUUUGACCUGAAAUUCCUCCCUAAAGAUAUAACGCAUUAGUUCAGGUAAUAACAAAUCUGUAUGUGCUGAAAUUCGUAAUGGUUAUUUUUGGUGUCGCCAUGUUGACUCUAAAUUAUGAUUAUAGGUUUAAGAAGUUAGCAGUAUUACUUUUAACCCUUUCACCAGCAUGGACUUAGUAUAGUGAGGAAACACUUUAUAGUUGACAAAGAUCUGUGGAUGCCCUGAAAUGUAUUAAUGUCAAAAAUUAACAUUCUUGGUUUUCUCACCGGGACUGUUUUAAUGCAGAUUCUCAAAAUUAUAUUUCAGCACUUUUCACCACAGUCCCUGUUCUCCAGUAGAUGGCUCAAGUGCCAGGAUGAAAGAAACUAAGGGCACAUUUGAUGAGUGAAUUAAGUGAGUGUUGUAAGUGACCCUGUUUUACAACAGCAAGUUUAAUUUAAACUAUCAUGUCAUCCGAGUGCAUUGUUUGAGAAAUUUCAAAUGUAGCAUAACGUAGUCGAGUUAUGAAUGAUGAAAUUAUUGAAUUUAGUACAGGAAGAACUGUUUUAACAUGAACACUGACCUGGAAAAGUGGUUAAAUCCAGUCUCUCAACUUCACGUUCUUAAGUUCUGGUCUCCAUUUGUUGUGCUGCCGAUUUUAACUUUAGAUGCAUGCAGGACUUGUGAUACCUACCUGGUAGUGAGGACAUGGAGUAGUAGCUUGAUUUGUACGAGCACAUUGUGCCCAAUAACUUCAGGUUUGGCAGCAUCUCUGAAGAAGAGUCAGGGUGAACGUUUCCAGUCUGACCCUUCCUCAGAACCGGACCAGAAACGAUAACUGAUUUUUCUUGGCAGAUGCUUCCAGGCCUGCUGAGUUUUUGCAGCAACUUCUGUUUUUUGUUCCUGAUUUACAGCAUCUGCAGUUCUUUUGUUUUUUUUAUAUGCCCAUUAACCUGUUCAGAAUUGUGAAAGUGUGAAGAUGAUGUUUUAAUGUCGUGACACAACCAUAGAGCAAUGUAAUAGAAUUUCUGUCCAUUUUUCUGCCCACUUUGUUUUAAAUGAAAAGGAAUAUCACUUCUAAUGCAUGCCCAAAAGGUUUCUUUCGCUCGACUUGGUGAACUAUAACAUGCAGAAAUGAACUGAUUAAGCAAGCUUGAUCUUGGUUUAGAGUGGGUUUAGUUUCAGAAUUGGUUUCUUUACAAAAUGAUGGCAAGCUGAUUGUGUCAAAAAAACAAAUUACUAAUAGCUCAGAAAGCAGUUGGUUAAGAUAACUACUGUGUAUACUAAAUAUCCACUUAGUGUGCCUGGACUGGAUUAUCAGAUAAGAGGCACAUUAUCCAUUGGUUAUUAAAACAAAGAAACUCUUAACACUUGAGAACUGUGAAUAUGCCCCAUAUUUUAGCCUCCAUCUGCUGAGCUGGCAGCAAUAACUUUAUAUUGUUUUAAAGUUUGUUAUAGGUGAUCAAAAUAAGACUUUUGGACACUUUUUUAAAAUUGGAUGUAUUCACCUUACUUUUAGAUCUGCUAAGUGCCCUCAAUUUGGAAAAAGUUUUAAUCCCAGACGAGCAGAAACAGACGUUUUGGGUUUCUGGGGCUUUCUAUUGAAAUUCUAAUUCUCAAUUGUGUUUGUCAGUGAAAGUGAAGUUCUGAGAUUGAUCUAUCUGCAGCCAUGAAAAUUAGUAGCUGUAGUAACCAGAUUUGCAACCAAUCUCCAAAUGUCUGAUGUGAGUUAGAAACUGUACUUCAAAUUAAAAUGUGAUGUUAGGGUAUUGUCUGUCAAUUUACACCAUACAUUUAAUCAUCACCCAUUCUGUGUGUCAAUAUCCUUUGUGGCCUUUUUCAGAAAAGUUAAGAUGCUCUUCUUGCUUCUCUAAAACACUUCUAUUCCGCUUUUGAUCUUUUAAUUUCCCAGUCUUCAGUUGCUUCCUCUUAAUCAUAUUGCUUCCUUUUUCCUCAGAUCUUUUCUCAGUAGUUUCAAUAGUACUUUGUUAGGUAUCAGUUUUCCCCUUGAAUCUUAGAUGCUAGACAUGGAAGCUGCUAUCAUUUUGCAUUCUCCGUAUUUAGCUUGUAUUCUUGACCUAAUUUGAGGGUAUGAGCAAUGGGUGACAAAUGCCAGUGAUGCUUUCAUUCCAUGAAAGAACUUUUUAAAAAAAUUUAAGCUACUCACUUUCACCUGCAUAGCUAGAAAUUUUCAUAAUAUUGGUCUUGCUCAUAUCAGUUUACGUCAUGGCCUGAACAAACUAUCUGCCAACAAUUGUAGUUCAUUCAUGAUAUUCAACACCUGGUCAUGAUCGCAUCUAACACAGUUAGAGUCAUAAAGUGUGGAAACAGACCUUCUGGUCCAAAUAGUCCACAUUGACUAAAAUCCGAUAUUAAGCCAAUCCCUCCAAACAUUUUCUAUUUGUGUGCAAAUAUUUUUUAAACAUUAACUAUCCGCAUCCACCACUUCCUCACUUCAUUCCACAGACCAACCACUUUUUUUUUCAAAAAAAACCUUCCCCUUGUGUCCUUUUUUAAAAAAACUUUCUCCUCUCCCUUUAAAAUAUGCCUGGUUUUGAACUCUCCCAUCCUAGAGAAAAGGCUCCUGCCAUUCACUCUAUCUGUGCCCCUCCUGAUCUCUUAAACCACUGUAAGGUCACCCCUCAACCUCUUGCACUCCAGUGAAAAUAGCCCUAGCCUAUUUUUAUAACACACACCCUCCACUCCCAGAAACAUCCUGGUAAAACUUCUGAACUCUGUCCAAUUUAAUAUACUUUCUUUCAGCAGUACCCCAGAAGACGCUCACCGUAUUGAGGUUGUACGGGAUGCUGAUGUCUCACCAUCUCAAUUCAGAGAUCUGAGCAAUGAAGGCAAGCAUGCUGAACACCUUCACCGCCUUGUGUACCUGUCACGUAAAUUUCAGAGUUAUGUACCUGAGCUUCUAGGUUGCUGUUCUGCAACAAUACCCAGGGCCCUGUCAUUAACUGGACAAGUCCUACCCUUGUUUGGUUUACCAAAAUGCAAUACCUCAGCUAUCCAAAUUGAACUCCAUCUGCCACUCCUCAGCCCAUUGACCAAGAUCUCUUUGUUAUCUUGGAUAACCACCUUUGCUGUCCACUAUAGCACUAAUUUUGGUGUCAUCCACAAACUUACCAAUGCUGCUUCCUCCAUUCUUAUCCAAAUUGUCACUUCUAUAAACAAAAGUGGACCCAGUCCUGAUCCCCAUGGAACAUUGUUGGUCACAGGCCUCCGAUCUGUCUCCUGGUAAUAGAGGACAAAACUGGUUUAACUUAGUUUAAUGAUCUAUCACUUUGAUACACCAGUAUGAUGACGCAGGUUUUUAACCUCAGUCAUUGGAAUUUUAUCACUUUAAGACUGAUUACUUAACUUCUGGUCCACUUUCUGCCAAGAUAUCUGUUCAUCCAGUGAUGCUGUCAGAAAUGGCCUUAACAUUUGCUCCAAGACUAAUUCCAACCUCCCCCACGCAAAAAUGUAUAGGACAAGUAGGUACUUUGCCUUAUAUUGUCAAUACUCCAUGCUAAUGAUUACAUCUUGGAAUCCUGUUGUUUUGAAUUCCCACCUGUACCAAUGCACUAUUUUAAGCUAGACUUUGCACAUCUGUUAAAUUAUCACUAAUCAGUAAAGUCAUUUUAUGGUAUUUACUGUUUGAAAGGUGAAAUAAUUUUGAUCGUGUGCCCAUAAAAAUAAUGCAAUGGUUCAUAAUUGCACCUCCUGAUGUUUUUGGAAGUCCAAACUUCCAACUUAAAGGGACAAUCUACUGUCUCCCACUCUAAUAUCUUUGGAUAUGCUGGUGACCUAGUGUUCCUUGUAUAAAAUGGUGCAUUGACGCAAAUCUGACUCGGCUAGGAAUGUAUUUAAUCCAGAUUCAUGACUUUUGAGCUGUGUACCUAGGAUUAUUGGUACUGUUUUGGAGCCAUUUUCACCGUCCUACGAAUAGAACAGAUUAACAUUUGAAGUCCAGAUUUCCCAGUUUCUUCUUUCCAAAGAGAUAAUAUACAAUGCUUUGUUAUGUAGCCUUGAUGGAAGUGAUGUCCUCCUGUUGAGCAGAGUUCAAAGGAUAGCUGAGGUAGGUGUUUACCAAGCAACAAACUCCACUUGCAUUUUUAAAAAUUUCUUCUGUCCAGUCAGAUGAAGGUAUUUCCUAUGGAAAAUUGUUCAAGUUAUAUUAUAGUUUGCUGAGUUAAAGAAACUGCAGAUAUUUGUGAUUGUUUGAGUUCUUGCAUUGCAUAGACACAGGUUUUUGAAUUUGUAAAAUUUAGCAUUGUGGCUAAAAUAAUAUAUUUUCGUUUUUACCUGUCUUGGCUUCCAACUUUCAAGCUCACUGAUCCAGAUUGGCCUGUCUUGAGUGAAUUGUGCUUAUGAUCAGGUGUUUUAUUAAUUGCAGUGUAGAAUUAACAACAUGCUUAAUUGAUCAGCCCUUUUAAAAAAAAAUUAAAUUUACAGUAAGAGCCUUUUUUUAAAAAAAACAGUUGUUAAAGCCUGUAAGUGUUAUUUUUGAGAGCAUAAUGUUAACUUACAAAAACAAAUGAUCCAACAUUAUGAACUUCAGUUGAAUGUAAUGUCUCUUUGACAAGAUGCUUGGUGUGCUCCUGGUUUCUUUAAUUCAAAUUGGAACUACAAUUAAAUAAUAAUCAGUUGAUUGCUGGACUUAGAAGUGAUCAAUAGCUUAACCACCUCCAUCGAAAGGUUGAAAUCUCGCAGUUGAAGUGCAUUAUACAAAUAAGAUGGAAUUGAUACAGAUCAUCUUGCUAAAUAGUAAGCACAAUGCACUUAGAACAUAAGUUGUGUUAAAUCUGAAGUUAACUAUUGUGGUGACUCUGCAUUCUCAACUGUACAAAAAUAUCCAUCUAACUGCACUCAGUCAGAUAUUGGAACCAGUUUGAAUAGUACUUUUGCUCAUUUUGUGUUGCCAAAAUAGUAACUUUAGUAAAUACAUCAGUGUAUAUACUUCAUUUUAUAUGUAUAUAGAUUAAAAUAAGUAACCUCAAAGAACCAUUUUUGAUUAUUUUUUUCUUCAGUUUUGAAUAAAAGGGAGUACAGGGCAUUGCUACACAUGGCCAUUAGAGACCUCACUGAAGCACCUUACAUAAUAUUUUUGUGGUGUGGAACUUGCACCUGCUACGGUUUGACACAGAAAUUGGUCACUUUUGUAAUUAUGCUUAAAAAUCAUAUGUCAUUGGAACCUAUUUGUCAACAUUUUUUGGUUAUUAAGUAAAUGUUAUUUUCAUUUUUAAAUUGUUUGUCUCAAUGUCCACAAACAAGUGGCUUCUUAAUGCGAGUGUGGGUUCCAUUUAAAUUAAACUAAGUCGAUUAAUGCAAUUUCAAAUGAAACUUUUUGGGUCUUCAGGCAGUGUUUCAACUGAAAUUGUGUUGUCGUCUCACUGAAAUGGUAUCAUACUAAUUUCUUGAAAUUAAAAUUUGAGGUUUUACCCUGAAUGUUUAAGUUGUGAAAGUGCCCUAACUUUGCAGGGAUUCUCUCAGAGCCACACCCGAACACUGCUAAUGCCGGUCUCAUCAUUGCUUCAGUAAUUAAUUGUAUAUUCUAAUAUGUCAUGUUCCUGCAGCCAUUUCAAAUGUGUAACUUUUUUAUAUAAAUAAAGGCUAAGUUCAUGUUUACAAUGCAUGCAGCAGACUGCAGAUUAAAAGAGACAAAGUCAGUAGGAAUCUGGUGC